GGUCGACAGGUGAUCAAGAAGGCCCGUGGCCUAGGUCAAUGGCCCACAUUGCACUUGGUGGGCGCGUUGGCCUAUCAUCUCCCCGAGUGGGAGAGUGAACGUCGUAAUUUAUGGUAGAGGGGUAUGCGUCCGCGCGGCCCUGCCAAUUCUGUAAAAUUAAAAUUUGGUCCUUGAGGCCGGGCGUGUCUCAGUUUAUUCUUAAGGUCUGAAAGUUUCCUGUAAAAUUUUAUUUUCAUCCUUUAGACCUUGUUUCUAAGAUUAACAAUUUAUCUUCAUAGUCCAUGAGAAAUAUUUAGGUCUUGGAUCUCAAUCCGAAAGCGUAGACAGAGGGAGGAAGAUUUGAUUUUGGGGGAGGAUUGAUGGCGCGAAGCGUGCCGUACGUGUCGGCGGCGAAGCUGGUGUCCAUGGCGCGGGGGAACCGGGUGGCCAUCAUCGACGUCAGGGAUGAGGAGAGGAGCUAUCAAGCGCACAUCGCGGGGUCGCACCACUUCGCCAGCGGCAGCUUCGCGGCGCGGAUGCCGGAGCUAGUGCUGGCCACCAGCGGCAAGGACACCCUCGUCUUCCACUGCGCGCUCAGCCAGGUGCGAGGUCCGUCCUGUGCUCGGAUGUUUUCAGACUAUCUAUCAGAGUCCAAGGAAGAUUCGGGGAUAAAGAACAUCAUGGUGCUUGAACGUGGGUUCAAUGGAUGGGAGAUUUCUGGCCAACCCGUGUGCCACUGCAAAGAUGCUCCUUGCAAAGGCACAUGCUCUUGAUCUUCUGGAUUACCAUCUGGUCCAUUUAUACUCAGCUUUUGAACGAUCUGCAAUUCAGCAUCGCUGCUGAGCUGGUCCUUUCUCAUUGAGAUGAUGAUGCAUAACAAUCCAUUGAAUUCCGCAAUGGCAUGUCUUUAAACAUUUCAUUUACAAAUAUAUGACACGUCUUUUUUCCAGAUGAUAUAUGUACAUGGUAUACCUAAAUAUACCUUGUGCGAAAAAUCUUCUUUAAAUGUACCUGGAAGUUUGAAGAUGAUUGUACCAUUGAACUAGGCAUGUUAGUUUUUGAAGAA